UUGUUCACCUGUUUGUAAACAUCGGACAGGCUCGACCUCUCCAAAAAAGUCAGAAGAGCAGCGACAUAACUUAACAGUUCUCUGUUGUGUAAAAGCUGACAUUUAAAAACAAUUUGCAACGAUUUAUUUACGACCCCUGUGCCAUAUCUAACGGAGCCCCUUUUGUGACAUCCCUUCUAAUUCCGUAUAAUAACAAUAAUAACGACAUAAUUAAGUCGUAAGGUGUAGUGAGUCCUAGAUAUAUCGGCACAGUUUAUAAUCCCGAGCUGAAAAUAAUCAAAAGGAAUCAAUUCCCUCUCCUCCUUGUAGCUCUUGAUUAUCGACCUACUUAUUAUGAUCACGUUUUAUCAAGUCCUUAUCUCGUUCCUACCACAUGAUGGUCUCGUUCCUGGUGAAAGAGGCACUAAGUUACCCUUAGUAACUGUCUGAUUUGAGCAGACCACACAUGACCUCUUGACCCGGUUGGCAGGGAGUGAGCAGGACCAUGGCGACAGCUGGAGAGGGCCAGCUGCAGAGGGUUAUCAGAGAUCUGCAAGACGCUGUGUCGGAGCUCACCAAAGAGUACAAGGAGAACGGAGAGCCAGUCACUGACGACAGCACUAACCUGCAAAAGUUCUCCAACAAGCUGGAGUACCUGCUACAGUUUAACCAGAAGGAGAAGACCACAUUUCUGGGCACGAGGAAAGAUUACUGGGACUACUUUAGCGACUGUCUGGCUAAAAUAAAAGGCGCCAAUGAUGGCAUUCGCUUUGUCAAAUCCAUCCCUGAGCUAAAGACGUCGCUGGGAAAAGGCAGAGCAUUUAUCCGAUACUCUCUGGUGCACCAGCGGUUAGCUGACACCCUUCAGCAGUGCCUCAUGAACCAAAAGGUCACCAGUGACUGGUAUUAUUCCCGAAGUCCCUUUCUGAAGCCUCAUCUCAGUGUGGACGUUGUUAACACUCUCUACGAGCUCAACGAAGUCCAGUUCGAUGUGGCGUCCCGGGGCCACGACCUGGAUUCGGCCUGGCCCACUUUUGCACGGAGGACUCUGGGUUUGACCAACUCUCCAAGCCACAUGUGGAAAGCACCCAGCCGCAGCUCCAGCAUUAACAGCCUGGCCAGCUCAUACUCACAGGCCCCGGAGUUUCUCUGCAGUCCAGAGUUUGGAAAUAGCUUGCUGAGUGAGUCUGCAGAGCCGUUGUCUGAUUCUGCCAUCACCGCAGUGGACGAGCUUCGUCUGGAGCUGGAUCAGUCAGAGCUGAAACAGCGUGAGCUGGUGGAGCAUGUUCAACAGCUUGGCAGCGAGGCCAUAGAGCUCCGUGAAGUGGUGGCUGAACUGCAGAGGCAGCUGGACAUUUCAUUAGCAGCUCAGUCUAACCACCAGGAACUUCAGCUCAAGCUGGAGGUGUUGGCAGAGAGGGAACGGACUCUAGCCCAAGAUCUGGAGGUCCUGAGGAGACGUGAGGCUGUUAAAGAGGCAGCAGAUCAGGAAAUUCAGGGCAAGUUAGCUGCUGCGGAAAAAAAGAACGUGGAGUUAAUGGCUAAACUAGACGAGGUGCUUGAGGAGAAAGGGCAGAGGACAGCCAGCCAAUUUGACUCGGCCCAAAAGAUCCAUGAACUCCUGGAUGGACUGAAGGAAGCAGAGAAAGGCAGGAUAGAAGCACUAACACACGGUGAAGAGGAAAGGAUGCACGCAGAACGUCUGGCUGAGGAGCUCAGAAUGAAACAGCAAGCCCUGAGAGACGGAGAAACUAAAAUGGCCGCUUUAACAGAGAAGAGUAUGAAGCUCAUAAAGCAGGCAGAAGAACAACGUAAUGCCAUGGACAAACUUCAGGAGGAGCUGUCAGUGAGAGAGAACGAAGUAAGCAGUCUUCAGAAAGACCUGCAAGACCUUCAGCGCUGUCUGGAGGUGAUGGAGCAUCAGGCUGCCGAAGAGAAGAAAAGGGCCUUGCAGGAGAAAGAGGUGCUGCAGAAAAAGUUGAGCUCCCUACAAGAAAGCCUAGAAGGACAGGUGCAAAACCUAAAGGCACAACUAAGAGGUAAAGAAACUGAACUUAUCUCCAGUGUGAAGAAGAUCAAGCACCUGGAGGCUGUAGCUGAGAAGAUAGCAGGAGAGAAACAGGGUCUGAGUGGGAGUAUAGUAAAACUGGAGACACACAUUGAAGAUCAGAGAAAGAUGAUUGACGAAUACAAGGAACAGUGCAACAACCUCACAGAGCUGAACAACAAGCUCCUCAAGACAGUCGAGAAGAACAAGGAGACCAAUAAAGAGCUGAUGGAAAGCAAGGCUGUGUUAGAAAAUGAUCUGGCUGAGCUGAGGGCAUCUGAAAAGCAGCUCAGAGGUCAACUCGAUGACGCUAAAGUGACAGUGGAUGAGCGGGAACAGCGGAUGCGUGAUGAGAACCGCAGCCUUGAUAAGAAGCUCCAAAAAUCAAUCAUGCAGAUCAAGGAGUCGGAAAGCGUAGUCCACAAGUUGGAGCAGGAGAACACUGAUCUCAGGCAGGAGUGCUUAAAGAGUAAAGAUGCUCUCGCAGCUGCACAGGAAGAACUACGUAAAUCUACUGACCAGAUCAGGGAUCUCGAGAGUAGCCUAGAGGUGGCAAGACAUAACGAGACAAACCUCACCAUGCAGCUAAAGGAACAGCACUCACAGCUGGAGGAUCGAGAGAAGCUUUGUGAGGAGCUUCAAGAAAGACUUGAUGAACUAGAAACCCAGGAGGGAGAGCUGGAGGCUGAGAAAGAAGAGGCAGAGCGAGCCUUGGAGAUGCAGAGGGAGAUGAUGGGAAGGUUGGAGGUCCAGAAGAAAGCAGUGGAAAAAGCUCAGCUGGAGAUGAUUGCCUGCCAUGCCACGGAAGCCCAGGAUAUGGCCUCGAAAGUAGCACUAUUGGAGGAGCAGCUGGGCCUGAAUGUGAAAGAAGUGUCCAGACUUCAGGAGGAAGUGGUGGACUUGAAGGCCAAACUGCUUUUUUCCGAGGAGGACAAAGUAAAGGUCCAGACUAAGCUGGUAAUCACAGAGGCGUCUAGGAUAGAGCUGCAGACUUUGACAGAACAACUUAAAAUGCAAGCUGAGGAGCAGAACCGAAAUCACGUCAAUGAACUUUUACAGUUCAAGCAGCACGUGGAGGAGAUAUCGUCCGAACUAGACGUGGAAAGAUCUGCGCUUGCUAAAACAUCAGCUGACUUCACUGCAGCUCAAGAGGACCUGGCUGUACUAAAGACCCAAAAUGAACGACUGGUCAUGGAGAACACAGAGACUAGAGAGGGACUCCACAGAGCCAACAUGGAGAUGGCUGAGCUGGGAAUGACCAUCUGCAAGCUGACCGCGGAACGGGAGGAAGCUGAAGAACGCCGGGCAGCCGAGAGCACCCGGAUCCAUGAGAUGGAGGAACUGGGAGAGCGUGAAAAGGAUCGGCUGAACGCCAGCGUGGCGGCACUACGGCAGGAGAACGCCAGUUUGCGAGAGGAGCUCCUUCAAGUGGAGAAGCUUCCAGAAACAGUCCUGGAGUUGAAGGAGAUGCUGGAUAAAUCUGAGAGUGAGAGAGAAGUGGCACGUGAGGAGACGGCAGCCAUGAGGUUUCAGAUGAGUACGGAGAAUAUGACGCACCAAAACCACGUGAAGAGCUUAAAUGAAGCACUUGAGAGUUUAAAAGCACAGCUGAGAUCUGAAAGCGAGAAGACGUCUAGCCUGGAGGUCAAAGUCUCAGAGCUUGAGACGGUGAAUUCAGAGUGCUCUCGACUGUUGGCCGAGAAAGAUUCGCACAUCACCAAGGCCGAGAGUCUGAUUCGCUGUGGAGAGGAUGAAAUACAUCAACUGAAGGAGAGAGUGACAUGCGGGCAGGUGGCUCUGGCGCUAGCGCAGACGGAGCGAGACGAGCUGAAGGAGAAGAUGGAGAAGGUACAGUCUGACGCUCAAGCUGAGCAAAUCAAAAUGGCUGCCGAGAUUGAAGACCUCGACCACACCAAGACCACGCUGGAGGAGCGGCUCAUCGAGCUCAUCAAAGAGAAGGACAUUCUGUGGCAGAAGUCUGAUGCGUUGGAGUUUGAGCAGAAGCAGAGGGCGGAGGAACAGUGGUGGUUAGUGGACCGAGAGGCUACACACUGUCUGAACUGCAACAGCCAGUUCACAUGGUGGCUCCGUAAGCAUCACUGCAGGUUAUGUGGGCGGAUCUUCUGCUACUACUGCAGUAAUAACUUUGUGAGUACUCGGUCCGGGGGGAAGAAGGAGCGCUGCUGCAGGGAAUGUUACAUGCAGCACAGCGCCGUGGUGGAGAGAUUCACCCGCUCCGAAAUCAGCAGCCCCACCGACACAUCUGCAGCACACGCACACACGGCCAACGCACCUCCACCCCCACCUCCACCCCCGUACAUACCUACACCCAGAGUUACAGUGACCGAUCCGAACGCGAAGCAGGACGAUGGAGUGUACGACAUCAUCACUGAUGAGGAGGUAAAUGGACUGUACGACAGCGACACGCUCUCGCAAACCACCGGAGAGUCACAGGACGGAGAAGCCGAAAGCCGGACCACUCAGGACCCUGGUGUUUCUGGUGAUGCGCUGGUUGCUGAGGAACAGGAGGAAAUGCCCCCGACUGUACAAGAUGCCGAAAUCCAUCUACUCAAAUCAGGAGAACUUGCCUCCUCGGUCCAGCUGCACAUCGAUGAGAUCCAGCGGUUCGGCGACGCCUCUCGCGAGCUCUUCGUCAAGUCCAGCUGUUACAGCGUCAUCUCCGUCACCGUACACGAGCACGGCCACGCUGUCGGCUGGGUUUUCUCGUCCGAGCCAAAGAGCAUCUGCUUUAGCGUCGUCUACAGGGAAUCCGCGGACACAUCUGAGGAGCAGGCCAAGGUUCUGAUCCCUCUGACUCGGUGUAACGCGCACAAGGAGACCAUUCGGGGCCAGCUUAAAGCCAGAAACCCUGGAAUCUACACACUUAUCUUUGACAACUCCUACUCCAGGUUCAUCUCAAAGAAAGUCAACUACCACUUGACCACUGAGAAGCCCGUCAUCUAUGAUGGAAGUGACUGCCCGUAGAUGCACUGUGGAUUUUUUUUUUUUCAGCUUCAGAUUUUUUUUGUUCAUUUUGUUACACAUUUAAUCAUUUUAUCCUGAGGCAUGCGAGUGUUUUCGGGUUCCAUACGGUUUUAAAAUAGCACUACCAGAACGAGACGAGGCGUUCCCGAGCACUCUGAGGUUUUCACACUUCUGCAUUAAGGUCGUGUUUGUUAUUAUCGAUGUGGCUUUCUGGCCAUUAAUAACGGCUUUCGUUCUUUAAAUUUUUAAUCAUGACACUUUUUAAAUAGCAUAUUACAUUAGACGUAAAAGCCACGCUACACACUACAUCAUCAAUUUGCUGCUAAUGGGAGUAUAUAUAUAUAUAUAUAUAUAUAUAUAUAUAUAUAUAUAUAUAUAUAUAUAUAUAUAUAUAUAUAUAUAUAUAUAUAUUUUCCAGUUCAUUUUGACACAGCCUUUCAUAGAUAAAAUCUCAAGCGUACACUAGAUUUUAUCAUUGAAAAAAAACUCCAGCUCUAAAAGUAAAUCAAAGCCAAAUGAGACGGUGCACUUUACCAAAGCUAGAACACUCUCGCAGUCAGGAAGGUUUUUAAUAUACUGCGGCUAAAGUAGUCAAGUUCGACACUACAGGCGCUAAUCAAUUACGCUGUUAAAAAAAUCCAGGUGCUGUCAGGUUAUUAACCCCCGACAACCAAAGACAAGUCAGGAUUAUUUCACUAAAUAAAGUCUAUGUACACUAUACACUAUACUUUUUGGAGACAGUGUGUGGUGGCCUGGGAAAACUCUUCACAUGCUGAAAUUGUCACUAAAGGCUUUUUGUCUUUCGUAUAUAUAUCUCAAGUAGUAGAAAAGUUCUAUGGUUUUAAAGGACAUCGCGAGACAAUUUUCAUUCAGACUGCGGCGGAAGGAGCGUCACGGUGCCUGAUUGCAACUUGAUCAAAGCGUGCCGUUCACUGUGUGACGCAAUCACACUUAUUCUGCGUUCUACCUACCUCGAAAGUGGGAAUUCGGAGUUCGGAAUAAAGUCAUUUUUGACGUUUGUGCUACGAAGUUGGAGGGGAGAAAAAAACAUGUACGACUCGAUGUUCAUCUUUUGUUAGCAACAAGCUAGAUAGAAAUUAUUGAGUACUAAAGUUACGACCUUUAAGGGACUGUAUUUGUUUAACUGGUUCCAUUUACGUUCUUUAAAACGUAAAUAAAAAACAUUUCUAUGUCAUUUUGGUCAAAUAUAGUAUAUUUCUUAUUUAAAUAUAGAAUUUCUUAGAGUUGUGCAGGUAGAAAAACCUAAUUUUUUGGGCAAAGCCCAAUUUUUUUCUUUCUUUUUUUUUUGUGCCAGAUUUCAGACACAGUGACAUUGGACGGGUUUUCCCACACCACCGCACAUAUGUUAUCGUUUUUGAAGUAGCUUAAUGUCAGAUUUUUGUUUUUAAAUAAAAUUAUAUGUACUGGAAAAGACACUAACCUCAAACACCCCAAAGUCAGCCACUAAGGGGCUUCAAAGUCUUUCUUUCUCUGUCUGUCUUUAUCUGAAUUUGACUAGAUUUAAUCACCGAAAUUAAAAUCCAUUCAAUUCAGUUUUAUUUGUAUAGCACUUUUAACAAUGCACAUUGACUCAAAGCAGCUUUACAGAAACAUAUAAACACAGGAUACAGAUUUAAAAUAUUCAAAUAUAAUCUAUGCAAUGUCACAAAUGGAAAGAAAUGUUUAUUAUUUACACGUGAUUUACUUUUAUAUGUGAAAAACACAUGGUGUACUUUCAAGUUCAAUGAAUUCUCUGAAUAGCUUUUUCAUGUUUCUUUUUUUUUGUCAUCUGUGGAAAACCCUAAACAGAGGGCUUCGUGUAUUUAAAAGUGUUUUUAUCUAGAAUUGUUCACCAUCCGAACAACCCUUAAAUGUAGAAAGCUACAGAAAGUCUUCCUCCCAUUGAAACCCCAGUUGGUUUUAUUGAUUGUAGUUUACAGUGUACACAAAUGUAUCAAUUAAGAAAAGACGUCUUCGCUAAUAACCUCAUUUAUAUAUAUAUAUAUAUAUAUAUAUAUAUAUAUAUAUAUAAAAAAACAACAGGACCACAAAUCUUCUGUUAGCGUGGACAACUUUUAUGCUAACGAAAUGAGAAUGAAAUGGCUUCCUUCCUCCGUGGAUGAGAAAGCAUGUUUUAGUAUUGUUGACUUUUACAGUCUUUCCCACGUCUGCCGACUUGUAUUUGUACAGCGUCAGGUUUACCGUACUCGCCCCGUAUUGUAUUAGGGGUCGACGAGUUUUUCUAGCUGUCAAUUAUAGAAAGUACAGGAGGCAGAAAGGUUGCCAUUUUUCUUUCUCGUGCAGCGAGAACUGACUGCAGCUACUUUCAGCUACGUAUGUUCACAUAACGUCUAAACAUGUUUAGAUUUGGACGCCACUACAGGCCAUUGGAAACUAUGUAAACACUAUGGAGCAGAGACAAGUCACUGUUAUGAUGUGAUGUACAUUUUAAACGAUGUAAUAAAGUUUUAUUCAGCGCUUGUU